AGGCUGUGAGCGGAAGUUGUUUGUCGUUGGUGUCUCUUCAUCAGCGGUCCGGCCUGUCGUCGGUUCAGAUGUUUCCAGCACGAGGAGGUGAAGAGGUUUGUUUAAAGUCACGAUGCAGAACAUCAGCCGGACGUUGUCUCUGCUCAGAGGCUGCUCAGGUGUUUACAGGUGUCACACAUGGAACCAGUCGUCCAGGACCAGGUCCAGCUCCAGCAGCUUGUUCCUGUCCUCUGACAGCAUCAUCCUGCGCUCCCGCUCCACCGAUGUCUACCAGAACCUGGCUCUGGAGGACUGGAUCGACGCCAACGUGGACCUGCAGCGGCGCGGCGUCCUGCUGCUGUGGAGGAACCGGCCGGCCGUCGUCAUCGGACGCCACCAGAACCCCUGGACCGAGUGCGACCUGCGGGCCAUGAGGAGGGUGGGGAUCCCUCUGGCCCGCAGGCGGAGCGGCGGGGGGACGGUCUUCCAUGACCUCGGAAACCUCAACCUGACCUUCUUCACCUCCAAGAAGGCGUACGACCGCAAGAGGAACCUGAAGGUGAUCACCGAGGCCCUGAGGCGGGUCAGACCAGGACUGGACGUCCAGGCCACAGACCGAUACGACAUCUUACUGAACGGACACUACAAGAUCUCAGGCACUGCGUCCAGACUGAGCAGGAAGUCGUCCUACCAUCACUGCACCCUGCUUCACUCCGCCGACCGCUCCGCCCUCUCCGCUGUGCUCCGCCCCUCCUGCCCCGGUAUCCACAGCAACGCCACGCCCAGCGUCCCCUCACCUGUCGCCAACCUGCUGGACCACGCCCCCACGCUGCAGUGGGAGGAGCUUCUGGACGGACUGGAGCAGCAGUACAGCACAGAGUUCGGCUGCAGCUCUGCGUCGACCCUCGUUGACCCCGCUGACGAGUCUACCUUCCCUGGCCUGAGCAGGACGGUGGCGGAGCUGCGCAGCUGGGACUGGACGUUUGGUAAGACGCCUAAAUUCAGCGUCCAGACGCUCCUGGACCUGACGGACGGUCGCUCGCCGGCUCGCAGCUCUGCUCGGCUGCACAUGGAGGUGAAGAACGGGCUGAUGGAGAGCUGCGAGCUGGACGUCCCCGAGGACUGGCUGCCCCGGCCGCUGAGCGCCGAGCUGAUGAACUCGCUGGUCGGCGAGAGGUUCUGCCCGCAUCGAGCAGCCGCCGCCGCCGCCGCGCUGCUGCGGACGGAGAGCGGUGAGCGGCAGAGCAGACUGCACAACCUGUGUGACGCUGUGGUGUCUGUGAUGGGCUGAGGACACAAACACUGACACUGAAACCACUGCUCCCUCUGAACUCAUCAUGUGAAGCUGCUGGAACUGUUCCUGGUUUAUUUUCUAAAGUUUGUUUUGGUAUUAAAGAAGCAGAAACUGUGAUAAUCUG